AUGGCGGGCCUCGAACCUACCGCCAUCACAUUCGUCCCCGGCAUCGAGCCCUUUGCGCUGACCCCGGUCAUCGAGGACAUGGUGAGGACGCGCUUCUGCGUCCCGGGCUCCGUCUUUCUGGUCGAGGGCAUCGAUGCCGUCCCUGUGACAAAAACAGGUCGAUGGCAGGCCAUUCGCAUCCUGCUCGGCGACGGCGAGCUCUGCGUCCAGGCGCUGUUGGACGGCGCGCUGCACCGCUUCGUGCAGACGGGAGAAGUGGCCGUCGGCUGCUACGUGCGCGUCCAGCAGUUUGAGCUCCGAUGGCGCAAUGCGGCGGGCGAGCUCGUGUCUGACGCGGGGCGAGACGGACGCAACAUGGCCUAUCUCGUGCUCCGAGACCUGGUAACGACUGGGUGGAACAAGACGGUUGCCGCCUUGUAUCGGAGCGAGGCCCCCUCAAAGGCCGUCUCGCCAGACGGCAGUGAGCCCACGGGAGAUGCGGAGCGCGAGGAUACGGGAACACCUGGAGAGACAAAGCUGGUAAAGUUGAUGAAGCCUCGCCAGGGCGACGUAGAAGCCGACGAGACCGAGGAUGCCGACCUGGCAGACGCCUUCGAUACCUUCGAGGCCCUCACAUUUCCCGUCAAGAAAGUGCCACCGCAGCCUGCAAAAUCUCGUCCUGUCCAAACCCACAGGCCUGCUGCGCAGAAGCCCACGCUGCCCAUCGCCCUCCCCCGGGACUGGCACGACCCGCAGACACCGCUCAAGCUCACGACGCUCCGCUCCAUCCCACACCUCCCCUACGCGCAGAACUGGUCGUGCAACGUGCUCGUCGUCGUGGCCACGCUGUCUCCCGUCGAGCCGUCGCAUCUGCCGCCGUACAAACAGCGGUCGGCGCGCAUCGUGGAUCCGUCGACGACCAAGCAGGUCCACCUGACCGUCUUCCUCGACCCGGACGAGUUUGCACCCGCCGUGGGCAGCGCCGUGCUGCUGACGGGCGUUAAGAACCACCGCUUCGACGGCGGGAGCCUCAAAAAAUACGCGAGCGACGGGCGUGGAGGCGUGCGCUGGUGGUUCGAGGAUCCCUGGGAGCUGACUUGGUGCGAUGUCGCCGGCAUCAAGCAAUGGUGGGCCGACAUGGAGGCUGCGCUGGCUCUUAGGGGCGGCGAGGCAGCGCAGGACAUGGAGUGA